AUGCCACGUCCUCCAGCGCGGCGGCGGCAGCUUUCGCGAGGACCGACGCCAAAGAAGCACAGCCCUCGACAGCCCAAGAAUGUCAUCAGUCCGAACAGCGUCAACCAGAUACUCAGCAAGAAGCCCGAAGGACAGCGACUCGAUAACAGCGACGACAGCGAUGGCCUUGUAACGAAGGGAAACGGCGCGAGGAGAGCCGCAUCUCAGCAAGAGGUCUUCGCGUCUGGUGCCGUCGCACGGACUGACAAGCCAAAUGCGCAUCCCACGCGCGCGCAACGGCGCAAACAAAUGCAGAACGCCAUGAGCUCACAGUCCAAGUCAUCUUCUCCGGCGGCCUCGCGACCAGUCUCUGCAGCCCCUCCACCGAAAGCCGCGCCUGUCUCAACCGCAUCGGCCGUACGACCACCACAAGCCCUGCCAGUUAGCAGUCGGACACCACUUCGCGAAGACUCGGUACUGAACGGCAUAAGGCCACGGAAACGGCAGAAUAGUAUACUGCGCAGUCCUGAAUUCAACGACUCUACAUUGGACAGUAGUCUACUAUUACCACAAGACGAAAACUCAGUGCUGGUCCUGCCGAAACACGCAUCUGCCACAAACACACCAGCGUCCGCCCCACAAAGCUCUGCAUCCAAGAAGCGGAAGCUAGACGUGAACGAUGUUCCAGUUGUAGCUCCAACGUCUGCAGCAGACGACCAAGAAACCCAACUUCCAGCCCCACCAAAAUCUGUACUCAAGUCUUCGGCCAAGAAGCAGCACCGCCAACAUGAUCUUGACGACACCACAGAUAUCAUGGCACCACCAAUGAGCAGCAGCAGCGAGCACUCGUCGCCUCAGAAGCCUCCACCAGCCAACUCGAAGAAGACGAAGAGUAAACCCGCACCAGUCACUCUCACUACCCAGCAGCUCCAAGCCCAGCUCAUGCCGAAGCGCCGCAACAAGCAGCUCCGCGAGCGCAAGACUACCCUCAAAGACUUCGACAUCCCAUCUGACACUGACCCAUCCUCAGAAAACCAGCACGAGGACACGUCAUUCCUCGCCCCUAGCAAGCGGAAAUCCACCCGUCGUGCGACAACCGCAAAUACGUCCAAGAAAAUGCAGCCUACCAUGCGACGGAAGGGACCACCUGCAGCCUCGACAGAGAGGUCUAAAGCUACCAGGCAGAAGAAACCCACAAAGAGUACGGCACCACCAUCUCCUUCUCCUCGCGCUCGAUCCCCUGCGGCAGAAGACCAUACAAAUACAUCGGCUAAGUCACCAUUACAGCAAUCCUCUCCCGUUAUAAUCGAAGUCGUCCCCACCGCCGACGACAGCGACAUUCCCUCAUCGCCACCUCAGUCUACUACACGCAACGUACGGAGCACGCGGGCCGGAGUUCGAAGAAAGCAGCUGUCAACUUCGUCCAUAGCAAACAAGCGGCAAAAUACUGGCUCCCGUCUCCAGCUGUCUUCUCACGCAAGCGCCAAAGGCAGAAGGGGCGGCAAAGUAUUGUCCAUCGUUGGCGGUGAUGUUGAGGCGGAUAAGGAGAAUACUCCUACUACUGUUGAGGAAGGGGAGAGCGAUAUCAUUGAAGUUCAAUUAGGGCGCGGCAAUGUGUCUGAAUUGAGCGACGAUGGGCUGGGUUUGGGCAUGAGUGAUGGCCUAGAUGAGGCGCAGGACGACGACGCCGAGAUCACACUGCCGAGUCCGCCACCAGCCAAAAGGCGAAAGGGCGCGACGACAACGACGGCGCCAACGAGGAAGACCUUCGGUGGCAGGUGGGCCGCGAUCGAUGACUUUGAGAUGGACUUCGAAGAGGUCAGUAGGGGGAGCUGGAGCAGUGAUCCGCUGGCAAGAUGA